AUAGGGAGACCGCUUGCACUCCAGUUUAGCGUUCAGUUCAGCACAGACGCUCCGAGCUCAAGACCAUCUCACAGCCUUCCUUUGGGAACGUUUACUUUUCGUGUGGGCCGAAACAAACACAUAAGCAGCCAUGGAUGCCAUUAAGAAGAAGAUGCAGAUGCUCAAGCUCGACAAGGAGAACGCCUUGGACAGAGCUGAGCAGGCUGAAUCCGACAAGAAAGCAGCUGAGGACAGAAGCAAACAGCUGGAGGAUGAAUUAAGGGAUAUGGAAAAGAAAUUGCGUAUAACCGAGGAUGAACGUGACAAAGUGUUGGAAGACUUCCAAAGUGCAGAGGAAAAGCUUCUGACUGCAGAGGAGGUCGCCACAAAGCUUGAGGAUGACUUAGUAGCGCUGCAGAAGAAACUGAAGGCCACAGAGGAUGAGUUGGACAAGUAUUCUGAGGCUCUUAAAGAUGCCCAGGAGAAACUGGAGCUGGCUGAGAAGAAGGCCACAGAUGCUGAGAGUGAGGUAGCUUCUCUUAACAGACGUAUCCAGCUGGUUGAGGAAGAGCUGGAUCGUGCUCAGGAGCGUCUUUCCACUGCCCUGCAUAAGCUGGAAGAGGCUGAGAAGGCUGCUGAUGAGAGUGAGAGAGGCAUGAAAGUUAUUGAGAACAGGGCCAUGAAGGAUGAGGAGAAGAUGGAGAUCCAGGAGAUCCAGCUGAAGGAGGCCAAGCAUAUUGCUGAGGAGGCUGAUCGCAAAUAUGAGGAGGUGGCCCGUAAGCUGGUGAUUGUUGAGGGUGAGCUGGAACGCACAGAGGAGCGUGCUGAGCUGUCUGAGGGCAAAUGUGCUGAGCUUGAGGAAGAGUUGAAAACUGUGACCAACACCCUGAAGUCUCUGGAGGCCCAGGCUGAGAAGUACUCACAGAAGGAAGACAAAUAUGAAGAGGAGAUCAAGGUCCUCACUGACAAGCUGAAGGAGGCUGAGACUCGUGCUGAGUUCGCUGAGAGAUCAGUAGCCAAGCUUGAGAAGACCAUUGAUGAUCUGGAAGAGAAACUAUCACAUGCUAAAGAAGAGAACCUCGAUAUGAACCAGAUGUUGGAGCAGACUCUAUUGGAGUUGAAUAAUAUGUGAAAAGCCUUUACACCAAAUGAUGUCUGCAUUUUGUAACUUUUGAGUGAUUCCCUUUUUGAAAUAAUUUCAAAUCAUGUCUUUUUUUUUUAAACAAAGACUACAUUUUUGUCUGAUGGUUUUAAGGUACUUCUUUGGUACAUGUUCAGUUACUUUAGUUAUGCACACACUUUGUCAUUUCCAUAAGAAAUAACAAAGUUUACAACAAUUGCACUUGGGUCUUAAUUAAUGCACAUAAUUCUAUAGUGGACACGGUUAAGUCUUAAGACAAGCUUAAAUGAAAUUCUUUAAAAUAUGUUUUUUAUUCAUCCACAGUUCUUAUAGUGUACAUUUGAUCAGGUUGCCUAUGUGUACACUGGUGCUACUGUGAAGACAGGGGUCUAAUAGUGUGUAGCUUUUAGCUAGUACAUCUAUUCUGUACACAUGAGCAAUUUUGUUUAGGUUUUUACUUACUGUGCUAGUCAGAGUCCUUGUAAGACAGGGCUUGAUCUACAGUGUCUUAUUUAUUUGGUUGUUUUUUUUUGUUUUUGUUUUUUUUUACUUCUACUCGAUGCAAAAUGCCAGACAGCAUUAUUAUCAUUAUCUUUUUGCCCAUGUCGGCUCAACAUGCCUUUGUUUUGAAGUGAAAAUGAAGAAUGAUUUCAUGAUGAUCAUAUGAUGAUCAUAUUCGGUUGUGCCUCAAACAUUAAAGCCAUUUUAAAUGUAGAUGUGUCAUCUAAAAUGUAUAAAGCUAUAUAAAAAUAAAACUACAUAAUUUUA